AUUAUUAUUUAUUUGUAUCAGGAAUAAAAAAAAAAUGCGAAUUUUCUUCUUCAAUACAGACAAACGAGACAACCCUUUAACUUUGCUUUAUGAUGCAGAACAAACAUUACCAUCACAUCCGCUUAAUUUUCCUUUGGAAAUUAUACAAAAAAUUGUAGAUUAUCUUCCUCGAUCAUCAUUACCUGCUGUAGCUUCUAUUAAUCAUGCAUGGUAUAAUAUCACCAUGCCUGUAUUAUAUCGACAUAUCUAUAUUCGAACUUUACCUCAUUGGAAUAUGCUAGUUAAAACGUUUAGUCAAAUAGAAUUCUCAGCACAAUUUGGUCCUUGUGUGAAUUCACUUGUAUUAAAGCCCUCACCACGUUUAAUUUCGUCUCAGUUAACAAGUUUAUUAAAUUAUAACGUCAUUGAAAAUGACAAUGACCUUCAACCUUCUUUAAAAGGUUAUGUACGUAUAGAGCGUGUUGAUUAUGACAGAACUGGGUUAGAAGGAAUAGAUACAGCUAUGACUGAGGAUAAUAUGUCACUAGACGAUGUAACCCAUGAAAAUUAUAAUGAGAUGGAUACAACGCAAAAGGAAUCAGAAUGGUUAGCAAGUGUGACAAACCAACAAAUGAUGACAGUUUUAAGAUAUUGUUCACAACUAGAGUAUCUUCAUAUCUCUGGUUGUGAAAAUUUAGAUGAUCAAGUCUUGUUGACGUUAGCCGCAGCCAAAAAAGAAAAAAAAAGUAAACCAAUAAUUGGGUUAUGGAUGAGUCUAUUAAGAAGUGCAACACAUGCAGGCAUCACUGGAUUAAUUCAUGCCGAGAAACAGAACAGUUUACCUCAAAAACUAAAAUAUUUGGAUUUGGGCUUUCAAGUGUUGCUAACAGACGAUGCCAUUAAGGAAAUAGUAACUUAUUGGGGAAAAUCAUUAACACAUGUGCGUUUGAAUUCAAUCUAUCAAAUUACAGACACAUCUAUAAUAUAUAUUGCAAAACAUUGCCCAAAUCUACGAUUAAUACAUUUAGUUCGUUGCUGGCAAGUUAAUAAUACCGCAUUACGCAUCUUGGCUAGUCAUUGUAAGCGGCUUGUCUAUAUUUCAGUUUCUUUUCUUAGUCGAGCAAAUGAAGAAGGAGUAAGACAUCUCAUCCAAAGUUGCCCGGAGCUUAUUUGGUUAGACAUUACUGGAUGUGGAAUUAAUUCGUUAUUUAAGUCCGUCAUUUUAGAAGGUUGGGCGAAUUAUAGAAGAGAGCAUCAUUUACCACCAAUCCACAUACAAGAUAGUUCAAUCAAUUUAUUGUAAAUUUGUAUUAUGUUUUUUUUAUUUUUAUUUUUUUUUUAUUUUUAUUUUUAUUUUU